AUGUUUAUCACUUCCAAAAAACAUUUACUUUUUUUACUAUUGACAGUUAUAAUAGCUUCAGUGUUUUUCACACCUUUAACAACCUUUACCAAGUCAGCGUUAUCAAAUUAUUUAUAUUCAGAACCAUUAUCUAGCGAGACCGUUCAAUCCGAGAAAACUAAACGAGAAGAGGCACUAGAAGAACUCGAAGAAGACUUAGAAGACGAAAUAGAAGAACUCGAGGAAAUUGAAGAAGAAAUAGAAGAAAUGUCAUUUAUAUCAAAAAAUAUUGUCAAAAUUGUUUCUGCACUGGAGCAGGCUGAAGGGGCUGGUGCCAGAGUUCGCCGUUCGAUUGGCACCAUGAGUGUUCGCAACUUUACACCCUUUCUUAUGCUUGAUCAUUUCCGUGUCACUCCCGAGGCUGGAUUUCCUGAUCAUCCUCACCGUGGCCAAGAAACCAUCACAUACAUGCUCAAGGGUAAAGUCGACCAUGAGGACUUUACCGGGAACUCUGGAACUUUGGAACCUGGUGAUUUGCAGUUCAUGACUGCUGGUCGUGGAAUCAUGCAUGCAGAAAUGCCGCGAAUUAACAAGACUGAGGAUGGUGAUCUUGAUGCUAUUGAGGGACUGCAAUUAUGGGUCGAUCUGCCUGUCGAACUCAAGGAAUGUGAGCCUCGUUACCGAGACUUGCGUAAAGAUGAGAUCCCAGUAAUCCAUCCAGAUCCUAAUGUUGAAAUCAAGGUUAUUUCUGGCAAAUCUUACGGCACUGAGUCGAUCAAAGAUCUUGCUUAUACUCCAGUGUGGUUUCUAGACAUGGUUGUUAAGCCUGGUGGUCAAGUUACACAACCCAUUCCGCACGGCUUUAACACGUUUGUGUAUGUUAUGGACGGCGAAAUUAAGAUUGGCAACAAAACCAUCCCCAAGUUUACCAGUGUAUUUUUUGGAGAGGAAGGCGACGGUAUCGAAUUAUCAGUAGAUAAGGAUGCAAAAGCUACUGCACGUUUAGCUGUUAUUGCUGGAAAAAUUCUUCACCAGCCAAUUGUCCAACAUGGUCCGUUUGUUGAAACUUCGCGCGAUAGAAUUUACAAGGCAUUUAUGGACUACCAAUCAAAGACAAAUGGGUUUGAAAGAGCUGCAGGAUGGAAAAGUAAGAUUGGAAGACGCAUGCUUCGCGAUUAA